UCACUGCCGGGCCGGGCCGGGGGCGGAGCAGGCGGCCGCCGCCAUGUCCAUCUUCACCCCCACCAACCAGAUCCGCCUCACCAAUGUGGCCGUGGUGCGAGCACGGCGCGCCGGGAAGCGCUUCGAGAUCGCCUGUUACCGCAACAAGGUCAUGGGCUGGCGCAGCGGAGCGGAGAAAGAUCUCGAUGAGGUCCUGCAGACACACACAGUGUUUGUCAAUGUCUCCAAAGGCCAGGUGGCAAAGAAGGAAGAUCUAGUUAAAGCAUUUGGAACAGAUGACCAGACAGAAAUCUGUAAGAUGAUUUUGUCCAAAGGGGAGCUGCAGGUGUCGGACAAGGAGCGGCACACACAGCUGGAGCAGAUGUUCCGGGACAUCGCCACCAUCGUGGCUGACAAGUGCGUGAACCCCGAGACCAAGAGGCCCUACACAGUGAUCCUCAUCGAAAGGGCCAUGAAGGACAUCCAUUACUCUGUCAAACCCAACAAGAGCACAAAGCAGCAGGCCCUGGAAGUGAUCAGGCAGCUGAAGGAGACCAUGCAGAUUGAACGUGCUCACAUGAGGCUGAGGUUUAUCCUGCCAGCAAAGGAGGGCAAGAAACUGAAAGAGAAGCUCAAGCCACUGAUUAAAGUUACUGAGAGUGAAGACUUCCAGGAGCAGCUGGAAAUGGUGUGCCUUAUUGACCCAGGCUGCUUCAGGGAGGUUGACGAGCUGAUCCGCAGUGAGACAAAAGGGAAAGGAUCCCUGGAAGUGCUCAGUCUGAAGGAUGUGGAGGAAGGAGAUGAAAAGCUUGAAUAACAAAAUCUUCCUGCAGCAGAUCUGCUUCAACACCCUCCCCGCAGUGACUGGUGUAGCCACUCUUCUGUUAGGCCUUCAUGGUUUUUUCCAAUCUCUUGCUGCCAAAUAUUUUCUGACACUAAUCCUUUGGGAUUUUUUCCAUGCAGUGUGGGUUGGGGUUUUUUUUAUCAUUUACACUUGCUUGGUUUACAGAUGUCUUUGCCUAUAAGAAGAUUUUGUGUCAGAGUUGCACUAAUAAGGACUGAGUUAGGGUGUGGUAGGGUGGUUACUCUGGCUUUGCUUUAGUUUCAGGGUUGCUGUUGAAGUGUGCUUGAGCGAUUUGGUGCGAAUUGUUUGUACCUUCAGGUUGUCAGUGUUGUGUGGGAGAUUGCACUGGUCACUGAGGAGUGGCUUUGUGUGUGAGGAGAGGGACCUUAAGAAAAGAGAGCUGCAUUUUCACUUCUAAACAGGUGCAGGGUGGAUCAUGUCUAAAAAUCAGUCUCUUGGCAGCGUGAAAACUGACUUAGACUUCCAUAAUUGGCUACUUGGUAAUUAAAGUACUUCAAAGGACCAUUCAUAAAGAAUUCCUUCACUGGCUAUAGCAGCACUUGCUGACGUAGAGAUGAUGUUCUCCAAAUAACUUAUUUGUAGAAUAUAUUUAGCUACAUUAAUAAAAACAAAUGAUCAUCUAUUUAUAUAUUAUAGAUACAGAAAGAAAUGAGACACUUAUUUUUCUUAAUAGUAGAGGAGAUAUCCCUGGCUGGGGCAGUGCUUUUGUAGGCUGAGGGAGUAGCCUGUGCUUGAGAGCUGCUGCUUUCACAUGAUAAAAUGAAUCUCAAACAGGCAGUGGUGGCCUCUGGCCAUGGAGCCAGACAGGCUUUUGUUGGACAGUAAUUCCCAGCAGGAAUUGUUUGUGUGUGCCCCUUUGCUUUUAAGUGCAACAGAACAAUUCUGGCAGCUGUCCUUUAUCCUUUGUCUUUUUUUUUUUUUUUGCUGCUCUCUAAUCCAUGCACGGAAUUACCAGCCUGCUCCUGAGGCAUGGGAUAUAGUUCUUGCUAAUUCUGUUAAAUCUUGCUGCUGCUGUGUUAAACAAACAAUUUAAAGUUGAACUGGGGUAUUGCAAAGAAAAGGGGAAGAGAGGACAACAAUGGGGGAAGGAGAUACUAAAAAUACAAAACACCAGGCAAAGCAGAUAUGGUUUAGUGACUAAAAGCUAAAUCAGCAGGAGUUUGAGGAGCCUUUAAUAUGACAUUCCUGUUUCCAUGCAGAUAGCUGGCAGCAGGUGAGGAGCUGUGGGCCAGCCGGGAAGAUCUCUCCCAGGUGAGCAUGGUGCUCUUUGGUUGCUAUUGCCUUCCAGAGACUUCCCCCUUCUGUGACAGUUAAACAGAGCUGGGUUUGUGCUGCUGACCUUUCUUCUGCACCUUUAACUCAUUGUGAAUUUCCUGGAAUUUCGUCAGGGAGAGUGGAAAUCAGCUGGAGGAGGGGAGGUUUGGCAUGUGAGGUGGCUGCAGGGCUGGAACCUCAGUCCAAGGCUGCCCCUUGGGAGUGGAUUUCUGCAGCAGCCAAUUUGUGUGCACUCAUGCAAGGCCAGGAUCAAUUUCUUCAGCAGCAUUUUGGAAGGAUCUGCCUCUCUAGAGCCUGAGUUUUGCUGAGGGCAGGUGAAACAGAGAUUCUUGAACCACUUUAUCCAUUUUAAAAUGCUUUUGUUUGCUCCCAGGGGUUUAAAUGCUGCCUAGGAAAUUCAGGGGUGUAGUGACUGGAUAUGCCAUGUGGACAGGGCUCGGUGCGGAGAGCUCUGUGUGCACAGGCAGCUCCCAUGGGUACCACCCUGGGCUGCUACCUUCAUGUGCCCCUCUCUCCAGACACACUUUGGGAAGCACUGAAGAUGAUCAUGUUGAUAUUUAGCUCGUCACUGGAAAUUAGCACUAACAUGCAAUUCAUAAAUAUGCAGAUAAGAUGCUGAGCAAGAGCCUCAGAGGAUAUUGUGUCAAUACCUUAUUUCACAAUUCUUUUAUUUCUUGGUUUGCUGUGUUUAACACCUUGAGCACAACAGGAUGGCAGCAGGUUAAAGAUCUGGAGUUCCAGAACUGAAUCUAAGCUGAUUCAUGAGCUUGGUGCUCAGAAGGCAAUUUCUUUAUAAAGUCUUUUUCUGCAAAUCCAAACAUUAAGGAUUUUCUCUUCUAGAGGGAGCUUGAGUCUAUUUAUGGACAAAUAAAGAUACAUGCUGGCAUUUCUUGUUAUGUUUGUAGUUCAGCAAGAGCAUAUGGUGAGCAUCAGAAUAAAGCUCAGGAUUGGUAA